UACUGUGAGACGCCGUCCAAGUGUUAUUUACCUUUUUUGUAGCUGUGAAAAAUGGAAGAAAUACGGAUAUUGACAGGGGUUUUUGCCGCAGCCUGCAUUCAGGAACCUUUUUUAAACAUCGAUUAUGACGAGGAAGAAAGUUUAGUGAUUUUCAACAGAUGUCUGAAAUGUCUAAGUCCUCGAAGUCGAUCGUCAGUAUUGAGAUGGUUGUUUGUGCAAAUGAGAGAAAGAAGAAGGCAUCGGAGGGAAGCAUUAUGUGAAUUGCUGCCAUGGUACUUAGGUAUGCAGACGUUCAAUUUGCAGAGGACUUUCGUAUGAAUCGACAGAGAUUUCGGGAACUGUAUGACUUGAUAGGGCAGCAUCUUGAGGAGCAAUUUUACAGUGGAAGAGAACCUAUUUUGCAUAAACUGCUGUUAGCGAUUUGGUCUCUAAGCACUCCAGAAACAUUCCGUGAGAUUGCCCAUCGUUUCGGAUACCGUUGUAGAGGAAGUGCCCAUCAUGUUUUGAGAAAAGUCUGUCGUGUAAUUGUGGAACACAGUGAACUAUUCGUCACAUGGCCAGCCAGAAAUGAAUAUGCAAAUAUUUCUGCGCAGUUUAGGUUCCCUUUUGCUCUUGGUGCAAUAGACGCGACGUAUAUACAGUACCCACCAAACUAUUAG